AUGCAUUGUCUGAAAACUCUGACAGCCAGCCCCGGAGUAUUGCACCUAUUUAAAAAUGCAAGAGUCGCGACAAGAGUUGGAGCUGACAGAAGUGUUUUGUCCGGGAUUCAACAAGCUGCUUUUCUGCCCUGUCGGGUCACAGGAUCACCUCACGCCCGCAGAGCCCUUCAUCACCAGACUGGUCCUGAUGUGGAUACAGGACACGCCAAAAGUAGGUUGAUGUCCAGUAUGGAGGACCUACUUUUCUACACUAUCACUGACGGCAAAGAGAUGAUCCUCCUCUCACAGUUCAUAUCAGCUUUGAGAAAAACAGGUCUAUGGACUUCUGACCCUCGGCUGCGUGACUGUAUGUGUCAGAUUCGGCAAUUCACACUUGACUCAUUGGGGCCUGUCAUGAUGGACAAAACGCUCUUCAGAAGGUGUGUGGGUAACAACAUCAUGCUGCUGACUAAGGCCUUCCGAAAAAUGUUCAUCAUCCCAGACUUUCAAGUGUUCACUCAGAAGAUUAAUGAAAUCUACGACAGUGCACUACAGCAAGAUGGAGGACAAGUAGCUGAUUACAUUCCUCAACUUGCAAAAUUCAGCCCUCACCUUUGGGGCGCGUCUGUGUGCACCAUUGAUGGACAAAGACACUCAGUGGGUGACACCAAGGUUCCCUUCUGUCUGCAGUCGUGUAUCAAGCCGCUGGAGUACGCCAUCGCUGUUCACGAGCUCGGCGGCGAGCACGUCCACCGAUUUGUGGGCAAAGAGCCCAGUGGAUUCAGGUUCAAUAAACUGUCACUGAGUGAGGAAGAUAAGCCCCACAACCCAAUGGUGAAUGCCGGAGCUAUCGUUAUCAGCUCUUUAAUAAAGCCUGAAUCAAAUAAAGCAGAGAGGUUCGACUAUGUAAUGGAGUUUUUGAAGCGUGCAGCCGGAGCAGAGUAUGUUGGCUUCAGCAAUGCAACGUUCCAGUCGGAGAGGGAGACAGGCGAUAGGAAUUAUGCACUUGGUUAUUACCUCAAGGAAAAAAAGUGCUUCCCUGAGAAUGCUGACAUGAUUGCUGCCCUUGACUUCUACUUCCAGCUGUGCUCCAUAGAGAUGACAUGCGAGUCGGGCAGCGUCAUGGCCGCCACACUGGCCAAUGGAGGCAUUUGUCCAAUCACCGGCGACCGUGUGCUGAGCACAGAGGCGGUUCGGAACACGCUGAGUCUCAUGCAUUCCUGCGGGAUGUAUGACUUCUCCGGACAGUUCGCCUUCCAUGUGGGUUUGCCCGCCAAAUCUGGGGUUUCAGGUGCCGUGCUCCUGGUGGUGCCCAAUGUCAUGGGCAUGAUGUGCUGGUCUCCUUCUUUGGAUCGCCUCGGGAACAGCGUGCGUGGCAUUCACUUCUGCCAGGACCUGGUGUCUCAUUUUAACUUCCACCAUUACGACAACCUGCGACACUUCACCAAGAAGCAUGACCCCAGAAGAAGCUUAGAUGAUGAGCCAAACAAGUCAGUCGCAAACCUGAUGUUUGCGGCCUACAGCGGCGACAUUUCUGCUCUGAGGAGGUUUGCUCUUUCAACUUUGGACAUGGAGCAGAGAGACUACGACUCUCGUACAGCGCUCCACAUCGCUGCAUCAGAAGGUCAUGUAGACGCUGUGAUCUUCCUGACUGAGGAAUGUAAAGUGAAUCCUUUCAUCAAAGACAGAUGGGGAAACACGCCACUGGAUGAUGCCAGGCAGUUUGGCCAUCACGUCAUCGCCACCAUCCUGCAACAGUACCAGCAUGUGUAUACUGAUGCUGAGUCAUCGAGCAACAAAGAGGAGCAAAAGACCACCAUGGACUCACUGAAGAGCAUCAACUGAGGGAUCAGAAGAGGUUCAGAUGGAAAGUAAAGCACUUGAGAGCCACAUAAGGAAACAGGUUGACUUAGACAAGUGAUUAAUUUUAGAUCUAGUUAAGAUUAUGUACGCACGAACACUCACUUGUCACAAUAUUAGGUACCCCUGCACAAUCUAUUGAGAUGCAAUAAAACCUUGGUGACGUAUUGGUUAACAUGUGACUCCCUCAGGCCUGGAGAUCCAGGUUCCAAUAUCUGUCGGAACAUCUCUUGUGUGAUGAUUUCAUGUUCUCCGGGUACUUUCUG